CAGAUUUGUUGUAUCGAAAAUAUUUUUAUGCUUUUGACUUAACUUCUGAUAUUAAUAUACGAUGUCUUACGAAGGCAUCGUUACUUUUGCACAAGAUUGGUGCGCAAGACUAAUCGCAGUUUGGAAAGAUGAAGCGACAAAUAUCGUUCAUAUUUCAGAAUCGCCAAUGAGCUCAACAGCGGCAAUAAAUGAACAAGACAUAAUUAACACAAUUUCAAAGCUCAAAGAAAGUGGAAACAAUUUUGUAAAAGUAACUAUUAACUCAUGUAUUGAGGUGGACAGAAAACACGUUAGUUUAGUCCUCUUAGAAUAUGAUUGCGAAAUAAUAUUGAGAGUAAGAGCACCAGUAUUGAAGAAAGUGGUAAAAUCUUUUGGUCUUGAUUUUGAAAUCAUGAAAUUUUUCAAUUUCUGACCGGAUAUUUAUCUCUGGAGACAUAGUUUUUCAUCUCUUUUUUUGUUUAGGUUAAAAAAUAUGACGAGGCGGUAGAUCAGUACGAUAAAGCCGUCCAAAAUUUACAACAUGUGAUAAAUGAGAAAAAACGUGAUGAUUUAAACGCAAUUCUAUACGUAAACUUGGCGUAUUGUUACUUAAAGCUCCAACGUUACGUUGCAUGUAUCAGUUUUUGUCAUGACGUAUCGAUACUAAGUGAAAAUAAAGACAUUCGUGAAAAAUGUUUCUACCGUCGAGGUGAAGCAAAUCGACAUUUGAUGCAUAUCGACCACGCACUACAAAAUUUUCAAGCAGUUUUGGACAUCACAGCAACAAAUGAAAGUGCUUUAGAAAGUAUUAAUCGUUGUAAGAAACAAGUUACACAAUUUGAAAUUGGUACAGCAGAAUAUGCAGAUGUGACGGCACAUAGAUUACUAUCAACGUUAUGGCGUCCGGAAUAUAUCACUUCCAAUGUACCACCUGACCUGAUGUACCCAUUUUUACCAGAAGGCCUGUCGUUGCUUAUGGAAAUGGUAUUUGACGAUGAUCUUAAAAGUGGAACACUGAUAAAUGUUAUGGAAGCAACAAAUUUCGGAGCAUUUAGUCGAACAGAAAAAAUGCUCUCAAGAGAAAACAUUAUAUAUGAUGAGAACAAAAUAAAUAAACUUCCUAAUGAAAUGAAAUUAACUGAGAUUUUAUUUCACGUCAUAAUACUACGUCGUGUACUAAAAUAUAGAAAAGCACUCAAAAUUUUAGAAUCUAUGAACGAACAGUUUUUAAAUGAUUCCACAACUCCUCAGCGUUUAUUAUUUUUAUUGGAAAAAUGCUUCUGCUUAAAGCUAAUUCGACUCGAAGAAAGUGGUAAUUCUAUUGACUGUAGUAAACACAGAGAUAAUACAGAACAAUCUAUCUUCAUUAUUGAUUUACUAAAAGAAACAAUGGAAAUUAGUCAAACAAAGUUGGAAACAGACAAGAAUAAAGACAAUAUAAAGGAGUUAGGUUUUGAUAUUCAGACUUUAAUUGUAGAAGAAUACAUUCAGCAAAACCAGAACACAAUGGCUUAUAAACAACUUUCUGAAUUAGUAUACAUUGGUAAUCCGAUGUUUAAAACGCAAUUUUGGUUACAAAUUGCAAAACUAAAAUUCAGUGAAAAUAAGAUGCAUGAAUUUAUAUCGUGCCUAGCUGUAAUUGAUUAUGCUAUACUUAAUUAUGACAAUGUACUUCAAAUUUGUGAUUAUUAUUUAUUAAGAGCAAAGGCACAUCUUUAUGAAUAUGAUUAUGAUAAUUUUGUUGAAUAUCGUGAAAAGAAUGAUAAGUUACUUACUGAAACAUUGUUUAAGAAUGAUUAUUCAUCUGGGAUAGCUUCGGUCUUCCAAUAUAAAACAACGAUCGCCGCAUGGUAUGAUGAGUAUGAAGUAUUAUGCAUCAAUUUUGCAAACCAAUUACAACACAAGCAUCUUAAUUUACAAGAUAAUGAAUUAUCUGAAAAGUUAAUACGUGAAGCUUUUCGGACAGCAGAUUGGAGAAUCAUGCGUGGCUAUGUGACUGAAGAAAUGAUUUUAGCUAAUUGGUUUGAAUUACAAAUUAAAACGGUAAAAAUACCAGAAAACUGUGCAUAUUUAACAUUCAAAAUUAAUGGUUUUUAUAGCAAAGGCAAAAUGGAUUGUUUGAUUUUAGCAUCUGGAUUUUCCGAUCUCGUACGUACUGACUUGGUUCUUGAUGAAGAUAACGUAUUGACAAGGCUCGCUUCAGUAUUCAAAGAUGUGGGCAAAGAACAUACAUUUGAACAAAAUAUAGAUCAAAUUAAAAAUGAAUAUCCAGUAAUAUACAAAGAUUUCCUUGCACCUGUUGAAUUGUUGCUUAAAGAUCAUAGUAUUUUCAAUUUGAAAAUCGUUUCAAACAAUGACUUUUAUCGAAAAGUAUUAGGACAACAACAAACAAAGCAAUUGAGUGAAAAAGAUUUAAUCAUACCACGAGAACAUUGUCGACACAAUGUCAAAUUUACACUCAUUGAUUUGAAAAAACACAAUCUUCAAGUAAAUGAAUUUUUAGAGAAUAUAACGUUCAUGGCUGAAGGAUUCAAUCAAGAGCAAAACGAAUAUUCAAUUUGUGAAUCAGACAUGGAGAAUCAAAAUGCAAUAAUAGAAAAAUAUAUAAUCAAAAAACUUGAAGAUGAGAAGUUUCCAUUUACAGCGCAUCCAAAAGCAACUAAAGAAGAAGUUGAAAGCUUCUUAAAAGACAGAAUUAAUUCAAAAUCAUGCAUAUUUCACUAUGCCGGUCAUACAUUUUAUGAUGAGGAACAAAUACAAAGCAAUUAUGCAUUAAGUGGUUGUGUGAUUUUAGAGUAUGAAAAUGGCAAUGACUGUCUCGACACUAAGUUUUACUCAAAUCAGAUAGCUAACUAUGAUCUAAGAAACAUACAUUUGGCUGUUUUAAAUUCAUGUAGUACAUUGAAAGGUAGUUCUCUUACCAGAAGUGGACAUCUUGGCUUGACACGUGGAUUUAUAAUAGCUGGUGUUUCUACUGUUGCAGCAACAUUGAUGGAUUUGGACACAAAUGUAUCGCUCGAAUUUGCAAAUAGAUUUUAUAAAUGUCUUCAAAAAGGACUAACAAUUUCAUGUUCAUUCACUCGCACAAUUCGUGACUUGAAAAAACUGGACGAUUAUACAAGUCCUGAUUCUUGGGGACCAUUUAUAUCGUUUGGUUCGGAAUUUAAAACAUUAAAUAUUGUCAGGGAUUCAUGA